CGAACACAGAAGAAAAAUCAAAAAUGAGUAAAAUUCUAGCAUCGAGCGGAGGUGGUUAUUAUUACUGCUAUCUCGCGGGUUGGGUACUUUGCUUUGCAAAUCCCAAAAAAAGAUAGUUUAUUAGUUUUUUUUUAUUUUUUUGUUCCAUCGUAAUUUUAUUAUUUCUUUAUUUUGUUCAUUUUAUUAAUUUAAAUUAAUGUCACAACAAAAUGAAGAAAGAAAUAACAACAAAAUUCAGCUGAGUUGCAAUUUAUAUAAAUACAAAAUUGAAAUAAAAUAAAACUAAAUUCGCCUCUCAGAGUGAAGUGAAAAAAAGUUUUUCAUUUUCUUCAACAAAAAAAAAGCAAGAAAAAUCGAAUAUGUUUUGAUGUGAAAAUUAUACAAAAAUUAAAAUAAAAUUGAAAGAAAAAGUGGGAAAUAAAUUAAUUUAUUUAAACUAACGGUAAAUAAAUAACAAAAGGAAUAUAACUCAAAUAAAAAUUCAACGGCAAAAAAUAAUUCCACACAAAAUUACGAGAGAAAGAACAAAAAAAAGGAAAAAAUAAAAAAACUACUACACGACCCAAGACCAUAAUUUUUUCUAACCCAGUAAACAAUCCUGCAGCAAACUGUUGUCCUUAUAUUCAAAUCUACACCUAAAUUCUGGAAAUGCAUUGAAUGCCAUGAUGCGCUACUCGGAAAUCUCACGAGAUCUAUCCUCGGAUAGUCUUAAAUUUGUCGAGCAGCCACAUGGAGAAGAAUACAUUUACAAGAAUUUACGUGAUGAAUCCCCACCGAGCGAUAUCUCAACUCACAGUGGUCCAUUGUUGAGUAAAUCAUGCCAUCAUCAAAAUCAAAUUGGUGGCAGUUAUAUUGCCAAUAAUCGUUUGUCAUAUGGUUCAUCGACAACACCACGACCUAGAAAAGACAAAAGCCUACCGCCACCAAGUUCUAAAGAUAGAGAAUUUGAACGUAUUCCUUCGAAGACCAUUAAUUCAAAGGGUUCGAGGAGGAAAAGUUCAAUUGGAUCGGCAUGUUUGAAUGCAAUGUCAACUUCUCCUAGCUCAGGGUGCUAUUAUUGUUAUGGAUCAACGCCACCUGGUAAGACCCAAAGUCUUCCUCUCAACUCAUCAAUUAAAAAUUACGAUUCCGUUAUAUUGAGCGCUCUCCGCGUCUCAGCCGAAGAAUUGGCCAACCAAAUCACACUCUUGGACUUCCCCGUAUUCGCUGGCAUACAACCAGACGAAUUGACAAGCUGUGCAUGGACAAAAAAGGACAAACACAUUGUUACACCGAAUAUUGUUGCAUUUACAAAGCGAUUCAAUCACACUAGCUUCUGGACUGUCCAGGAGAUUUUAAGCGGUGAUCUGCCUAAACAGAGAGCCGAAAUUUUAACACAUUUUAUUAAGGUUGCCAAAAAGCUUUAUGAACUCAAUAACUUACACUCGCUAUUCGCCAUCAUUUCGGCCAUGCAAAGUGCCAGCAUUUAUCGCCUCAAAAAGACUUGGUCAUGUCUCUCCAAAAAAGACAAACAAACAUUCGAUCGAUUGGCUGAUGUAUUCAGUGAACAAAAGAACUGGGCGAAUUUGCGCGAAUAUUUGGAGAGCCUCCGUUUGCCGUGUAUCCCAUAUUUGGGACUCUUCCUAACCGACUUGAUUUACAUCGAUCUGGCACACCCACAUUCGGGUGGUCUGGAGCCAGAACAACGACGCAAUAAGAUGAAUAAUAUCUUAAGAGUGAUAUCAAAUUACCAACAAUCGGAUUACACAAAUCUUGUGCCAAUUGAAUCCUCACGAAAGUACCUGCAAUCGAUUAGGUACAUUGAAGAGUUGCAAAAUAUUUUUGAAGAGGAUCAAUAUAAAAAAUCUCUCAACUUGGAGCCAUCCUCUUCGGGGCCAAGUUCAUCAUCAUGCAGCUCGAAAGAGUCAUUCAAUGUGGAUGCAGCAGCACCAGCUCUUGCCUGUUUAAAUCUCUCACCCGCCAAAACAAUGGGAUCCGUACGCAUAGCGAACGGAGCUAAAUUCAUUCCAGGCCAUAGGAAAUGCCGAAGUUUAGGCUCAAAAUUUCGCAGCACAAGUUUGCCGCGAAAUUUUUAUCAAAAGUGCAACUGCCCCAUUAUGAUGAUUGCGCCCGGGAUUGGUACGAUCUCAAAUAAGCGAUGCAAAUGCCGUAUCUUCGGCAAAAUCUCCAAUGGUCAUAUUGAUGGUACUACAAAUCACCUUACACCCGAUCCAAAUGCAGAUCACAGUGUACUAAGUCAACCACGACAUCUACUCGAUGAUUCUGUGCUUGAAGAUGGUAGUUUUGCUGUUGCUUCGGCUGCCGAAACAACAUCAACUGAAAGCUCCGAAGGAGUCUGUCAUCGUGAUCCGGCUGAUGUGAGUGAGCUAUGUUCCGAAUCACUAAGCUUCCAAGGUUGUGUUCGAAGGAAGACUGUUCUCAAAGAGGGUCGUAAGCCAGCUGUGGCGUCAUGGCAACGUUAUUGGCUACAAAUCUGGGCCAGUUCGCUUGUUUACUUUCCACCAAAAUCAUUCAAAGGAUGCGAACGAUCUGAUUUCAAAAGAGAGCCAUGUAAAGUUUGUCCUUUAGAUGGAUGGUGUGCACAGGUGCUGGAUAAUCCCAAACAUAAAAAUUCAUUUGAAUUAUUCAAUCCAGCACAUGGAACAGUCUACAGAUUCCGUACGGAUAGUCCACAAGCAACACAUCAAUGGACUAAUUCGAUAUGUAAAGCAGCGCAACGCAAUGCUGACAAACCUCUUCCAACAAAUCUCAUGUCAUUUGAGUAAAAAUGAUAACAAACAAUAGAUGGCACGAGUGUCGUUCUCUAAAAAAUGCUCUCUAUCACUCUCUCUCACACACACAUACACACGAACACUAUAUUUUUCGCAUGAUCAUUGAAUUAAAAAUAAAAAAAAGAAAAAAAAAAUAUAAAAAAUGAAGACUGACAAAAUCAAACUCAUUCACUUACAUACAUAAAUAAACACUCCAAAAAUACUACUACAACAACAACCACCACUAACAAAACACCUUAUAACCACUCAAUGCCGCUCUUAAUUCACAUCUUUAUUCUUUGGCUAGAAGGAUACUAAACGAAAAAAUAGAACAACUAAAACUCGACAGUUUUCAACUCUUCCCAAGGGAAACCCUAAAAUCCUAGUUUAUAGACUAAUACAAAAAUAAAAAAAAAUACAUAUUAUAGAAAUACAAAUACAUAUAUAUAUAUUUAGCGCCC